AAACAAUACUCGCGACUUUCUUGCGUGUGUCAUCGUUCCGGAAGCCGAGCAUAGAAGCGAGCAAUCUCCGUUUUGACAUCUCUUUUCCAUCUCAAGUAUGGGUCCGAAGAAACCGUCUGAGAAGCCCGCCGGCCAACCGGCCGAAAAGAAAGAGAAGAAGCCGGCAGCCGCCGCCGCAUCGGCUUCCGGAUCUGGCGAGAAGAAACCCGCAGCGGAGAAAAAGCCUGCCGCGGAGAAGAAGCCUGCCGCAGAGAAGAAGCCCGCUGCCGCUGCCGCACCCGCUGAGAAGAAACCAGCAGCGGAGAAGAAGCCCGCCGCUGAAAAGAAGCCCGCAGCGGAGAAGAAACCCGCCGAGGAGAAGAAGGCCGAGAAACGUGCUGCCCCGGCUGGUGAUGCCAAGGCUGCCCCGAAGAAGAAGGCCCCGGCAGCUGCCGGAGCCGCCGCGGCUGGAUCUAGCAAAGCUGCCGGCGAUGCCAAGAAGGCCGCACCGGCCGCAGGAGCUGCUGGCGCUAAGAAGGGAGCUAAGGCCGCUCCGGCUGCAGCUACCGCUGCUGCUGCCGCUAGCAAGAAGAAGGCCGCUGAAAAGAAGAGUGCCGCGGCCGCUGCCAAGCCUGCAGCCAAGGGUGCGAAGGCUGCCGCUGGAGCGAAGGGAGGCAAGGCUACGGCUGGUGCCGCUGGCGCAAAGGUGAAGAUUUCGGCCACCACCGGCAAGAAGAAGCCCGAGCGUAGAAUCAACGCCAAGGGCAAGAAGUCCACCAAGAGCCCGAAGCCGAAGCUGACCAAGGAGCAGAUCAAGGCCAAGAUCCAGAAGGGCAUCCAGAAGGCUCGGGCCACCGCUAUGCUGCGUGCUAAGCGUGCAAAGACCAAGCUGAUCAAGGGUCCGUACGGAACAGUGCUGCGCAAGAUCCGCACAUCCGUGCACUUCAAGCGGCCGAAGACCCUGCGACUUCCCCGUCGUCCGAAGUACCCGAGGAAGUCGGUCGCCAAGCGCAGCCGCAUGGACGCGUACAACAUAAUUAAGUACCCGCUGACGACUGAAGCGGCGAUGAAGAAGAUCGAGGACAACAACACGCUCGUCUUCCUGAUUCACCUGCGCGCCAACAAGAACCACGUUAAGGCCGCCGUGCGAAAGCUGUACGACGUGAAGGUGCUGAAGAUCAACACGCUGGUGCGACCGGACGGCAAGAAGAAGGCGUACGUCCGACUAACGCGCGACUACGAUGCGCUGGACAUUGCCAACAAGAUCGGCAUCAUCUAAGCUGCUAGUAGUAUCCGUACGUUCGUUCGAGCGGCUCCGUCCGUCCCGGGGCGUGUACGCGGAGGCGUUCGUGAGCAGGAAGAAGGAAGGUUGCGUGCGCUGCUUGGGUUGGAUGCCGGGACUUUUGUUCCGCAAUCAUCCACUCCAGUGUCGUGCGCUCUCUUUUGCAUUCCUACUCUCCUCAGAUGCGUUUCUCUGGCGCCAAUCUUUUUUCCACUCUUACGCCGGGGAACCCUUCUGUACCGUUAGCUUGUGCUGGAAUUGUUGCAGGCGAACAUAUUAGAAGUACACACUUUGUAACAUCAACUGGAGAAUGAUGAAGAAAUACAACAUCUAUUCAGGAGAGGAGAAAAUGUAA